UCCGAGGAAACAGCCGCAAUUUAUAGAUUAUCAUAAAAUUGGUAAAACUGGUCAGUGCUGAGAUCAUCAGGAGGACACCAAUAAUCACCACCAAAGCUAAUGCUUCCAGCCCUUUAAAUCCAAUCACCUAACAUUCAAAAUUGGAAAUAAUGAUGGGAAAAACAUUGUUUACAUCAUGAAAAGGCAAAUUCAAAAUCUUUACCCAUUUCUACCGUUAAAAGGACGAACCGAAAGAAACAGCUGACUCUGAUUAAGUGUUCGAAUUGACUUACUUUGCUCGAGUUGUAACUUUCAGGUUGACCAUUUAAUGUUGCCGGACUCAUGGUGAUGAAUAUCAGAUACAAAAAAAGAUUGAAAUUGCCGAAUAUACUCUUUGAUCACUCUUGGAACAGAAAACAAUGUGCAACAAGCAAUGAAUUUAUGCUUACUUCGAAGAAAGACCUUCUUUGUCUCCCUCCUUCUCUAGGAUUAGAAAAAUAGGCAACUCUUUUGAAACUGGAAAGAGAUAAACAUGUUAGAAUGAUGGUGAAAAUAGUAAUAGAACCAGCAGAUCAGACUCAUGGUUAUUCGUGAAGAUGCGCAUUGUAAUUAGAACCAUUAGAGUUCAAAUUUAAUAUUUGUUUAUUUUUCCUUAUCUGGUUUACUAUCGGUAAUAAUAUAUAAAUAAGGUUAUUCCGAAAACGCUGAUGAUUCGACCGUGAUUUUCGUAUUUCUUUCAACCAAUUCAAAAUAAUUGAUUACUGGAUGACCUUUUGAUACAACCAGUUUACCUUUCAUCGCCAAAAUCAACAACGGCGAUCUAAAAAAUAACACAUCAAACAAAGUGAUUGGCUGAUGGAUACUGAGCUGGAUCUUAAACACUUAGUUGAUCCUGUUUAUAAAAUGGACCAAAAGAUAUUGAAGCUAUUUUAUUCAAAUGACAAACACAUUAAUCAUCUCUAUCAAAUUGGAUAUCACAAUGAUCAUGAUCUGGUCUUGAUCAACUUGGGAAUCAACUUGCCUUGGAAAGCAUAAAAAUGAACCUGUAAAGAUAUAUUUACGUCUUGUUAUAGCAAACGUUUACUUGCUCGUUGUUGAUUAUUACAAAAAUUAUAUGCACAUAAGGAAAUUAUAUAUUUAAAUUGUAAAAAAAGAUGUCUUCAAGAAACGAUCCAUCAACUGAAACCAUCUCAAUUGGCGUUCCAAUAUCACCUUGUGAUACAAUUUCAUAUGCUUACCUUUGUUUGGCAUUAACACUAUUUGCUGCUGGCUCUUUGAUAACAUUACUUUCAAUUGAAGAGAGUCACUUAUUAACCAGUGCAUUUGCUCGAUUCUGGUUCAUUGGACCCUUCUUUUUAUGCUGUGGCCUCAUGGUUGCCCUUAAAACACUAAUUCACAUUCGCAAAAAGACAUUAAUUGAAUACUUGACCAGACAAGCGAUACUUGCUGCGAUGACUCCAGAGAUUGAUAGUAAUUAUUAUGGACCUGAUGAUGUCGAGGUUGGACAGAGCUUCACUAACCAACCUUCACCUCCGCCAUCUUAUGAAACAGCCAUAGCAACUGGUUUUAAUCAAUCGGAGAAAAUAUAUUUAUAAUUUACACUCAAAUUUCAUUAUCACUUUUGACUUGAUAUAACUUCCAAAAUAUACUUCCAUUGAUAACAUAUUCAUUUUAAAAUUGAAACCAAUUAUUAUAUUCUUGACCUUUCACCACGUUAUAAUUCACACUCAAAAAUACGACUAAUUGUCAAGCACUCAAAGGAAUCCAUAAUCACCUUGGUUGGAGACUAAAUUAUCCAGUUAAGAUUAAAUGUACUUCAAAGUUGAACAUGAAUUAUUGCCAUAAAAUGUAAUCCAAUUUCAACUUGAAAAUGAUUCUAAAUUUAUCACAACGUUGACAAAUACAAAUAAGCAUUUAAAUUUAAUUUUUGGUAACAAUCUGACAAAUUAACUCAAUAAUUUACACGAAAAAUCACAUUGAAUAUAAGAAGAUGAAUAAUCUCGAGAACUGUCAAGAAGAGUAAACAAAAAAUGAAGUUCAUUGAUCUCCAUUAAUCACAGAUGAUAAUGAAAGAAAUGGUUAAGAUGAAAUAUUUGACAGAGUAAAGAAUCGAUUGAAUUCAUUUCCGUCUUGAGUGAUACACUAAUGACAAUCAUGAUAUGAAUUGUUCAUAACCAUUUCCAGUUAUGUAGACAAUCACAAUUGUAUAUCAAAUAAAAGUCUGAAAGGAAAUGAUGAAUUUCAUUAUUACAGACUGAGCCCAAGUAUUAAAUGAAACAAAUUUAUAAUGAAA